AUGGGGCCUCUGCUCGGGCUUCUCCUCGUCCUCGACCUCGCCUCCGUGUUCCUCUUCUCCGGCAUUGUCUUCGGCUGGGCCCCGUUCAACGCGAUCCUCAUUGAGGAGGGCUUCUACGCGUCGCUCUGUACCGAUUCAGCGCAGCCACCGCCGUGCGAGGCGCAGGCGAAUGCGCUCAAUCUGGCGUUCACGAUCGGUUCCACCGCGGUGUCUUUCGUGGCCGUGCCUGCUGGCAUGCUGGUUGACAGCUUUGGCCCCGCGGUCGGGACGCUGGUCGCUGGAAUUAUCGAGAUCUCAGGUCUCAUCGGCAUCGCCCUGUGUGAGCCAGUCUGGCGCGCCACCGGCUUCGACCUGUUCCUCGUGUCGGUGGUUUUGAUCGCGAUCGGCGGCUCGCUCACCAUGUUUAACGCGUACUCGACCCCCUUCCUCUUCAAGCGGCGCAUGAACGUGGUCGUCGAGCUCACCGCAUGCCUCUUUGACGGCAGCUGCAUAAUCUUCACCUUCUUCAAGCUCGCUUAUGAAGCUGGCGUCCCCUUCAACAUGCUCUGGUGGGGCUUUGUCGGCCUCGCCGCCGCGGUCUACUCCCUCUUGCUCCUCGCGUGGGUGCUCAACGCAAAGCAGCUCCAGGCCUCUCAGGGUGGGCGUGGGGACGACGCGGCGACGCUGGACACGGCGCUGGCCGACGCGGGCGAGGCGUCUGCACCCGAGAGCACGCCCACAGAGCUCGCGGCGAAGCCAUUGCUGCAGCAGGUGCGCAGCCUCGAGUUUGCGACGGUGUGCCUCUUUGCGACGGUGACGCGCUCGAACCUCUACCUCGGCUCGGUCGACCUGACCAACCGCGAGUACGCCAGCAGCAACGGCUGGCCAGAGGGCGCGCUGGAGUCGACAACCUCGCUCGUCGGGCUGAUUGUGCCGUUUGGCUUCAUCGCUGUGCCCUUCAUCGAGGCCUCGAUCCACCUCACCGGCCUCAUCGGCACCUUCCUCGUCACGUCGGCGCUGGGCGUCCUCUUCUCGUGCCUCCAGCUCCUCCCUUCGCAGGCGGCGCAGGUCGGCGGCGCGGUCGUCUUCGCCGCCUUCCGCGCAUUCCUCUUCUCCACCCUCGCGGCCUUCAACGGCGCCACCUUCGGCCCCAGCUCGAUGGGGCGCAUCAUGGGCCUGUGCAUGUUCGUCUCGUCGCUCGUCAACCUUUGCCAGGCGCGGCCGCCUGCUCGCGGAUCCCGCCCGACUAGAGCGCCGCUCGUCCGCCUCGCGCUCUCGAUGGGCAACUUCCGCCCUCUCCUCAUCUACUCGACCCUCGCCUCGGCUCCGCCCACGCUGCUGUGGCUGCUCGUCGCGGCUGUGCAGUGGCGCCGCCGCCGGCGAGCCACAGCGUGGGCCGCCCCGCUCCUCGCUGUUCGCCCCAACGACGACGGAGAGGCGGCCAGCGUGCCGCCGCCGGUGCCGCCGCACCUCGCCCAGGGUGCUCCUCAGGCAACUCCAACUCAAGACGAGCAGCGGCAGCCAUCGUACAAACGCCACCGUCUGGCCGACGGCGAUGUUGACCUGUUCUCGCUACCCAACGGGGGUCUGUCGGCACUGGCUGGCCCCUCCCAGAUAGGCAUGUGCGUUCGCGCGUCUGCCUCGCAGAGCGAGCAGCGCAUGCGCUGGCGUCGCAUUCUUCCUGCCGGCGUGAUGACGCUGACAGGCUACGGCAUAUUCGUAUACGGCGCCAGCGGCUUCAUCGCUCCUGUCGAGGAGCAGGCGCCGAUGCUCUCGCACUCGAUCGUGCCGUACUGUGCGACGCUGCGCUCGCUGGUCUUUGCCGCCUUCAACCUGCUGUUUGGCAAGGCGAUGCUGCGGUCGGCGUCGCCCCAAACGCUCGUCCUCAUCGGCACCGGCUCGUUUGGCGUCGGCAUCGCGACCACGGCGGCGUCGGUCGCGGUCGCGCCGUCCCACGCUCUCCUCCUCCUCGGCUUCGGCGACGCCACCGGAGGCGGCGACGGCCCCUUCCAGGAGCCUUCUACGAACUCUUCCGGGAGCCCCUUCCUGUAG